UCAGGAUUUCUCUUCCCACCCCCAGGUGCCUGAUGCUGAUGCUAAGUUUUGGUAUAUGUGGUGGAGAGGUAGUUCUGGUGCCACCCACCCUCCUACCUACCUGGACAAAAUACUCAGCGCCUGUAGGGGUUAUCACUCAGAGAAGCAUGCUAUUGUCUGUACUCCCAACUUGAGAGCCCUAGUUCAGAGAUUUGGUUGGGUGGUUAGGGAGAAAAGCGGGUCAUAAAAUAGCUCCUCAUCUCUUCUUCAGGGAAUUAAUUUACAAGGGAGCACUGAUAAGAAGAAUAGCUGACUUCUCAGCAGAAACAAUGGAGGAGAGAGGCAGUGUAAUAAUACAUUUUAAGUACUCAAAGACAAAUACAGUCAACCAAAAAUCCUAUAUAUCCAGCAAAGCUAUCUUUUUAAAAUGAAAGCGAAAUGAAGAUUUUCCCCAGAUAAACAGGAACUGAGAGAGCUUAUUACUUACAGACCACCUUGCAAGAAUGCUAAAGGAAGCUUUUUAUCCUGAAAGCAAGUAAUCUCAAGAGAGUAAUUUGAAUCCAUAUGAAGAGUACCAGUAAAGAAAUCAUGACCACCCCAGGAAAAGAGAACUUUCGCCUGAAAAGUUACAAAAAUAAGUCCCUGAAUCCUGAUGAGAUGCGCAGGAGGAGGGAGGAAGAGGGACUGCAGUUACGCAAGCAGAAAAGAGAAGAGCAGUUAUUCAAGCGAAGAAAUGUUGCUACAGCAGAGGAAGAAACAGAAGAAGAAGUUAUGUCAGAUGGAGGCUUCCAUGAGGCUCAGAUUAAUAACAUGGAGAUGGCACCAGGUGGUGUAAUUACUUCUGACAUGAUUGAAAUGAUAUUUUCCAAUAGCCCAGAGCAACAGCUUUCAGCAACACAGAAAUUCAGAAAACUGCUUUCAAAAGAACCUAAUCCUCCUAUUGAUGAAGUCAUCAGCACACCGGGAGUAGUGGCCAGGUUUGUGGAGUUCCUCAAACGAAAAGAGAAUUGUACACUGCAGUUUGAAUCAGCUUGGGUACUGACAAAUAUUGCUUCAGGAAAUUCUCUUCAGACCCGGAUUGUGAUUCAGGCAGGAGCUGUGCCCAUCUUCAUAGAGUUGCUCAGCUCAGAGUUUGAAGAUGUCCAGGAGCAGGCAGUCUGGGCUCUUGGCAACAUUGCUGGAGAUAGUACCAUGUGCAGGGACUAUGUCUUAGACUGCAAUAUUCUCCCCCCUCUUUUGCAGUUAUUUUCAAAGCAAAACCGCCUGACCAUGACGCGGAAUGCAGUAUGGGCUUUGUCUAAUCUCUGUAGAGGGAAAAGUCCACCUCCAGAGUUUGCAAAGGUUUCCCCCUGCCUGAAUGUGCUUUCCUGGUUGCUAUUUGUCAGUGACACUGAUGUACUGGCUGAUGCCUGCUGGGCCCUCUCAUAUCUAUCCGAUGGACCCAAUGAUAAAAUUCAAGCUGUCAUUGAUGCAGGAGUCUGUAGGAGACUUGUGGAGUUGUUGAUGCAUAAUGAUUAUAAAGUGGUUUCUCCUGCUUUGCGGGCUGUGGGAAACAUUGUCACAGGCGAUGAUAUUCAGACCCAGGUAAUUUUGAAUUGCUCAGCUCUGCAGAGUUUAUUGCAUUUGCUGAGUAGCCCAAAGGAAUCUAUCAAAAAGGAAGCAUGUUGGACAAUAUCUAAUAUCACAGCUGGAAAUAGAGCACAGAUCCAGACUGUGAUAGAUGCCAACAUUUUCCCAGCCCUCAUUAGUAUAUUACAAACUGCUGAGUUUCGGACAAGGAAAGAAGCAGCUUGGGCCAUCACAAAUGCAACUUCUGGAGGAUCAGCUGAACAGAUCAAGUACCUCGUAGAACUCGGUUGUAUCAAACCACUUUGUGAUCUCCUCACAGUCAUGGACUCUAAGAUUGUACAGGUUGCCCUAAAUGGUUUGGAAAAUAUCCUGAGGCUUGGAGAACAAGAAGCCAAAAGGAAUGGCACUGGCAUUAACCCUUACUGUGCUUUGAUUGAAGAAGCCUAUGGUCUGGAUAAAAUUGAGUUCUUACAGAGUCAUGAAAACCAGGAGAUCUACCAGAAGGCCUUUGAUCUUAUUGAGCAUUACUUCGGGACCGAGGAUGAGGACAGCAGCAUUGCACCCCAGGUUGACCUUAGCCAGCAGCAGUACAUCUUCCAGCAGUGUGAGGCUCCUAUGGAAGGUUUCCAGCUUUGAAGCAAUACUCUGCUUUCAUGUUCCUGUGUCAGACCAGGCUACCCAGUCAAGUCCUCUUGUGGAGCCCACAGUCCUCAUGGAGCUAACUUCUCAAAUGUUUUCCAUAAUACUGUUUGCGCUCAUUUGCUUGCCUUGCGCACCUGCUCUCUUACACACAUCUGGAAAACCUCUGGCUCUCUGUGGUGGAAUACCCUUCUAAUAAAAAGGGUAACCAGAACGGCCCACUCUCUUAUGGAAAAUCCCUAGGCUUUGGAGAUCUGCACUUAAAUAUUAUAAGAGUCUGGGAACAUACACAUAUUAAUGUGGCUCCCUUUCUUUGUGGGGGAAAAAGAGGACUCCUCCUCAUUCCCUUUAAAGUGGGGAAAAACACUGAUAUUAAAAGAGACUAAAUCUUUAUCUUGAAUUUCACACAACUACUUGCAACAAGGGAGAUGUUUAGACCUGUUGUGUACACUUCAGAGUACUUUUCAUGAGUUCUUCCACAGUGAACCCUUGGAUUACCUGGUGGCUUUUCUAGCCAAAUUUGCAUUAAUCCUUACUGAGACUGGAUGGUUUUCUUUCCUCUAUUGGCGCCAUUCUUCACAGAUAUUAAACCAUCCGCUCCCUCACCUUCAGCCUUCAGUGAAUGUGCUUUCUAGUUGUCAGGAAUGCUGAAGAAUUUAACACUUUGACUCUUAAAUGUGAUACUGGUUUGAAGAUUCCCUUAGAGCAGAAAGGAGAGGGCCACAUAUUAAUUUGUAUGGCUAUCGCUUCUCUUUGGACUUAAGUGUCUUAGGAUUUGGAAGUGGUUCAAUUCUAAUGCUGGUAUGAAGAUCUAGAAUCCUUAGUAAUCGAAACAAUAUCCUAUCAUUCAAUAAAAUAAAAAACAAAAAAAAUCCCUCCAGUUUUCCCAAACUCAACCAGCGUGACUAGAGGCUGUGUUUCUGCAUUAAAACAAAUGUUUCAGGCUUUGUGGUCCUGAUGAAGGUCCUCAUUAAAUUGGAAGUUCACCUUAGGUGCUUUUCCUCUCUGUGACUGGCAGAUAACACAUAAUUUUUUUUUAAAGGUAACCUAGGGAAAUUUUUUUCUUAGGUGCAGCUUGAUUCUAACGUAUUCAUGCUGCAUUAUAUGAUACCUUUAAUGUAGCAUCCUUAUCUUAAAUAACCACCUUCUCAACAUGACUUGUUCAACACAAAUAAGGGCAGUGAUCUUUUUUUUUUUUUUUAAAUAACCUCAUUGUUCCCUAUUCAUUUCAUCUCCUACUAGUACUGCCCAGUCAAGUCCCCCCAUAAAAUACAAAGUUUUUCUACCUUCUGGCUCAUUUAAUGAUAACUGCAAUGUACCUGCAACUGGCGCUUCCAGUACUGUCUUCAGUGAUCCACAUUUGUGCUUGGACUGGAAUGAAAAAAUAAGCUUAAUUGCCAAGAGAACUGCAACUGAGUUCAAUACGACUUCUUGGUGCUAGAUGGCCAUCUUGACUCAAUGUUUGGACACACUAUCAGGAGAAGAUUUUUUUGUUACGCUGUUCAAAAUGAAUUCUGAAGGAAAAGUCUCUCACUUCCGUUUCAGAGACUACCCUUUUAAACCUCUUUAAUCUUAUCCUCUUCUAGAAUUCAUUAUAACCCCAAAAUGUAACUAUCUGGAAGUUCCCCCGACAGGCUAUUCUACAUCUCUGGUAAAUCCUGCUGAACAUUAGGGAUAUUCAGAGCUUUCAUACCUCAUCAUGUUAUUUAAGCAGCCAACUUAUGUGACCUGAUUUAAACUUUAAAAAAUCCACUUCAAAGUAGAAAGAUACAAAGACAAAAGGACAUUUAUCAGCCAAGCAUGUGACGCAUUCUUCACAUCUAGUCUGUAGUUGUGUCUGUGCUCUGGAUGGAUACCGUCUGAUGUCUGUUACUGAUGGAACAGCCACUGCAAAACUAGUCAAUUCCCAUCUAUAACUUACUUUUUCUAGUGCUGCUUUGUGCUGAAAGGACAUUUUAGUUUACUGCACUUGACCUGUAAAAGACUUUGAUUCUUUGUAAUUUUAGGGACAAAUUAGGUGGUUAAUUUAAAGAAAAACUUUCAAUUUUGCCUUUACAUCACAUUAAAAUAUAACUUCUUUCAGAAGGGUAAUAGAAGCACUGAUUCAUAGUAAAAAUCUUGUUUUUAGCUUUGACUUUUUUUGUGGCUGAGUUUUUUAAACUGUACAUCACUGGUAACAUGUCAUUUCUCUAGGAUGUUUUAAAUCAUAUACCUUCUGUUGGAUAAUUUAAAAAUUCUCAUUUUGAUAUUGGAUGGAAAAAAGAUAAAGCACACAAAAUUGUUUCCCCAGAUUAGUAAGAACAGCAUUCAUUGGGAGUUUUUGCCAUUGCAGGUGUCUUCAGUGAAUGAAUUAAAGUCCAUUUAACUACUGUGGUCUAUUUUCUGUCUAAAAUAGGAAUUUAUAUUGCUCCUGUCCUAGAAGUUCAUGAGCCAUGAGAUACGAGCUAAAUUUUUUUUGCAGUAAAAUGGUUAAUAUAAAAUUGGAAUUAACUAAAAGGUAAAUCCCAGCAUAACUGUUGGAAUUGGUAAAGUGGCAGCCUUUCUGGUUAUAGAAAUGAGACUUUAGGAGGUAACUAAGAACUAAUUUUAGUUCUCUGCCUGGCAGAUUCUAUUACUUUGAAUUUAUUGAAAUGUUACUAUCAUUAAGAUGUUACUCAUUAUAAAAGCAUGUUAAUUUCAACAUAGGAAAACUCUUCUGCAAUAUUAUAUACUGAUCAGGGGAGAAGUGGCUUGGUUAUUCUCCCCUUCCUUUUUUUUUCUUCCUCCAAACUUUCAAAGUAUAUUCUUUGAAAUGAAAGGUGGGGGAAAAAGCGUUGAAAGCAUUUGGAAUAUAAAGGUACCUUGUAUUUGAAGGACCAGAUUAGACUGAGAAAAACCAGGAAAGGUUUUAAGAUGACAGGUAUGAAAAAUAGAUGGAGAGAGUUUUCUAUGGAAUACUUUAAUUCAUGUUCUUGUCACUAAGUAGGACUCUUAACCUUUGUCAGUUGUGCUGUUUUGAAAACUAUUGCCCUAGGAUUCCAUCUGCCAGAUAAAGCUAAAUGGGCUCUGGGUCGUUUUUCAUAUUGUCACAAAUAUAAACAAUGACAAUUACCCCAUAAUAAAUCUUAAUUAUUAUUCAAAAUUGUUGCUGAUUUGCCUGAGAAAAAAAAUGUAGUAUAUUUUAUACACCAGACUUUGUCAACUAAAUCCUGUUGUACAUGGCCACUCACAGGCAACCUUGAAUUUACUUCUCUAGUGCUAAACAUUUCAGUUACUUAAAAUCCCCUAGCUUGUGGUUGCAUUAUGAAAGGGUUUCCUCAGGUUGAAAAUUUUUUCUUUCUUGCUGAUUAGUUUUGUGGACAUUUCUGUAUCAAUAGGCAAGUCAUUGCUUAUUGAUAUUUUAGGGCUUUGGGCUUUUUAUAUAUACUGGAAAUCUUGAUGUCUAAGGAUGUUUCUCACUUAAGGAAAAGGAUUCACUUUUAGAAAGGGGCAUUGUUUGCUUUUCAUAUUUAUAUCCUAUUUUCUACCUCCUACAUUCCAAAAUCUGCUCAUUUGCAGAGAUAGGCAUACCUAUAUAUGAAGUCUCAAAUCUGAAUUUUUUGCCAUCUGAAGUUAACAGUCACUUUUCUUCUGUUGUUAGGUGAGCAGAGUAAAUACAUUAUCUGCCUAGUUGGGAAAUAUUUUGGCUACCUUUCUCUAUCAUCAAAAGUUAAAGUUAUCAGGAUACCUGGCUGGCUCAUAGAGCAUUUGACUCUUGAUCUCAGGGUCAUGAAUUCAAGCCCCACACUGGGCAAGGAGCCUACUUGAAAAGAAAAAAAGUUAAAGUUACCUUACUUAAAAAUAUUUUAAAAAUUAAAAAGAAUGAAAUAUUUGUUUCCUUAUGGGGUGCUUGGCUGGCUCAGUUUGUAGAGCAUGUGAUUCUUGAUCUCAGAGUCAUGAGUUCAAGCCCCACACUAGGAGUAGAGAUUACUUAAAAAAAAGUUCUGUAUUUAAGUUAAAGUAAUUGAAGGCCAGAUGUGGCACCAGUGCAGUAAGUCUGCUCAAAUAUGGAGAGUAUUUGAAUAACAUGGCUUUAUUAUCAGAAAAGGAUAGGUAAUAAUAGUGGGUACCAGGACAUCACAAGAAUGUGUGAUAAAGUAAAGCAAAUAUUGUAUGCUAAUUUAAAACUACCAAAUUCCUACUAGGUAUAAAAUGCAUUUGGAAGUUUGGGGCAAGAAGAAAAGAUUAAGGGUAGAAAAAGAAGUUCCAGUCUGUUUUCCCAUAAGUCAAAAAGGCAACUAGUCUUUGAGCCUCUGCUGUGUGCCAGGUGCCUGUGUAAGGGCUUCUGUUUUUUCUCUUUCAUCCUACAAUUGCUCUUUGAGGUGGAUAACUGUCACUAGGACAGAGGUGAGAGAAUCAAGACUUAGGAGAAUUUACUUUGCCCCAAGGUCACAACUAAUAGACACUGUCCAGUGGUGGGACAGAGCCCUGCAGGUUGUGUCUGGAAGAAAGUAGCAGGCAUGGUAGAGGUGUUCUGUACCAGGAACUCUCAGAACUGGACUUAACAGCCACAGCUGGACCAGCUUUUUGUUGGACGAUUCUUUCUGACUCUGUCAUCAGCAGCCUUAAAAGAACUAAAUCAGGUAUGAAGUUGCUUUUAGGUUGCGUAUUUUGGUAAUGUAGACCCUCUCAGCCCAAACUUCUUUUCCCUUCUGUGGUGCUAAAAUUCUGUAUAUGACCUGACAAAACAACAGAAGUUAAAAUAUAUAUGCAAGUGAUUGAUUUUGAGUUUAAUAGCAUAAUGGGUAAACUUAGAAACAUGUUUCCAUUGAACAAACUCAAUUGUAGAAGGUAUUGAUUGACACAGAGAAGGAAAGGCUUUGGAAUGAAGAAGUCUGCCUUAGAAAGCAGUGCCAUCCAUGGACAUGAAUUUAACACAGCUGACUUCCUAAAGGAGUAUCAUCCCGAGGAGUAUCUAAAGUUAGAUCACCUUUUAAUGUAUGUUGUUGAGUAUGUUCUUACUUCAUCAUUAUGACCACUCUAUGUUGUUUUUCAAAGUGUUCUUACACUUUGAUUUGGAAUGGAUCUGAUGAUUCUUUGUACUUGAAUGUGGUCUGUCAGGCCAUGGGUGAGUGCCUUGCACAUAGUAGACUAUUCAAUAAAUACUAAAUGACUGAAGGAA